ACACAAAGGUUGCCCGCCGGUCACAGCAAGCCGGCCUUCCGCGCGCGCCACGGACCAUCCAUAACAACGUGGGAUGCACAUGUACGUGUACAGUACACAAAACACCAACACAGUGAGACUUCGAGUCGUGAACUUACUGACUCAGCUUAACCCUGUCUGAAAAAUAAGAUUGACGGUAGCAUAUGUUAGUCAUCUUGACUCUGCUCUCAGCAGGAAGAUCCUAUUUCUUGAUUUUAUAGGCAAGGAUCCGAGUAUAUAAGGCCAGCACGAUGGGAGACAGCAGAAAAGCUAACUACGAGUACGAAAUGGCGCCGACAACCGACCCGGAGAAGGCCGACUUGGAGAAAGGCAAUGUCCCGGAGAAACCCGGGCAAAUGCAGGAGGAGGCGUCCAGCGAAUGGACCGGCCUCGGCAAGGAAGAGUUGCUGAAAGUGGCCAACACACCAGCAUGGAAUUGGACCCGCAAUAUCCUCCUGAUUCUUUUCUGGGUCGCUUGGUUGGCAAUGCUGAUCGCAGCCAUCGUGAUUGUAGUCAAAGUACCGCGCUGUCCGGAUGUCGCAUGGUGGGAAAAGAACGCCGUCUACCAAAUCUUCCCGCGUUCAUUCCGCGACUCAAAUGGGGAUGGUGUUGGAGAUAUCAAAGGGAUUAUCCAAAACUUGGACUACCUGGAUAGCAUUGGCAUCAAAAUUCUGUACUUAAACUCCAUCUUUGAGCAGUCCAACGAGACCACAGACAUUGGCUAUGACAUUGUCAACUUCACUAAUGUGGACCCCUUGCUUGGUAACCUGACCCAAUUUGACGAGUUGGUCGUUGCUUUGCUGGAAAAAGAGAUGAAGCUGAUUCUGGAGUUUGUUCCCAACCACUCCAGUGACAAGCACCCCUGGUUUGUAGAGAGCAAGAAGGGACGGGACAACAAGUACAGUGACUACUAUGUCUGGGCCAAUGGGACAGGAGGCACUGGCCAAGACCCACCAAAUAAUUGGCAAAAUGCCUAUGGGGAGUCAGCUUGGACAUAUGUGGCUGAGCGAGGCCAGUUCUAUUACCAUCGGUUCUUAUCUUCCCAGCCGGAUCUGAAUUACUACAGUGAAGCAUUGAACAAGACAAUGCUCGAUGCUAUGGAUUUCUGGCUGAACCGCAAGAUUGAUGGCUUUGUGUUCACCAACGUGGAGUAUGUGGUGGAGCCACAAUUAUAUAAAAAUGUUCUUGUUGCAGGGGACAGUACGAGACGUCGUAGACAAGCUGACCCAACUGCAACGUCUGGAGUGGAGACGCCUGCUGCAGCGACACCCGCUGCGCCUGCUGCACCGACACCCGCUGCACCUGCUGCAGCAACACCCGCUGCACCUGCCGCUGUGACAUCUACAUCAGGAGCAGCAGCUGGUCCUAUGAUGACCACAGGGGCAGCAGGUGGGGAGCCUGUUGGACAGCCAGCCGACCAACCCACUCCAGCUCCGGAACCAGAGCCUGCUUCCCAGACACCUGGCGGUGACUCUAAUCCAUAUUAUAGAAUGAGCGAGGAUGCCAUUGCAAGUGAGAUGUUGGUCAAAAUCUUGAAGGGCUGGCGUUCCUUGCUGCACACUCAGAGCUACUUGGGCAAGUACAGGCUGAUGGUGACCCAGUCUCAGUAUGAUGUGGACCUGGUAAUCAUGCAGUAUGGAAAGAAUGACUCCUAUCUGGCUGACUACCCCUUCAACUUGGGUCUUGUGGAGGUGUUGGAUGGCCGACUAGACGGGGAGAAGAUAAUGAAGGCUGUUGACGACUUCAUAGAAGCCAAGAAGAUGGCUGGCAUAGAGAGUCGUUGGAACACUUGGGCGCUUGGCAGCCACGAUAUCAAGCGUAUUGGAAGUCGGGUCGGUGAGACCUAUGUCCAGGCCUUGAAUAUGCUGCUCUACACCUUGCCAGGUACCCCAAUAACUUACUACGGUGAAGAGUUGGGAAUGGAAGACAUUGAAAUUGCUUCCUUCGAUGAUGUGGUUGACCCAGUUGCUCGAAGGUUCGAGAGCAAAUGGAUGGAGUUGUCUCGAGAUGCAGAGCGUGCUCCUCUACUAUGGAAUGACUCGGAGUUUGGCAAUUUCACCUCUGGAAACUCUACCUGGUUGCCAGUACUCAAUAGAAAUAUCAGUAUUGCGGUGCAACAGAAGGAUGAGGGGUCCACUCUGAAUCAGUUUAGCACCCUGGUAGAGUACCACUCUAAGCCAUCCAUUGUAGCAGGAAACUUUACUAAGGUGGUGACCUCAACCAGUCUCAUCUCGUACGUUCGCGCCUACCCAGAGUGGCCCUUCUACCUCGUGGCCAUGAAUGUUGGCACGGACAAGGUCAUGGAGAAUUUCCACACCGCCGACACCACCAAUGUCCCCGAGACGGGAACCAUUGUUGUCAGCAGCAGCGGCAAGGAAGGGGAAAUCUCCAUGGAUGGGCUGAAGCUGGAGCCUGGAGAAGCUCUCUUGGUGGAGUUCCCUGCAGCUUAAACCUGAGUUUGCUGCAGUCUCCACAAGUAAUCAGCGUUAAUAAUCUAAUCUGCUGGUUACUAGGUGAUGGUUUAGUUUAAAAGCAUAUUUUCUUUAACUGCAUGUAUAGCUUUAAGAGUUAGUACUUGGGUCAUGCUCUUGUCGGUGUCAGUAUUUUCAGCACAAAAAACUAAGAGAUUUGUUGAAAAGUCUAAUAUUUUUGAUGCGGCUAACUCCUUGAAGAGCCAAGUUUGUAAAACCUCUUCUUGGUUGGUAGAGUGGGGUGUUCCUCAAGAUCUUUGCCGUUCUAUGGUAAGCAUAAAGAGACAUUCAUUUUGAGUUCAUCUGCUAAUUAAAGUUCUGUUUCAUUCCGACAAAGGAUUUUUGUUUAGGUAUUUGGGUUUUUACUCUCUCAUGUUGACCGCAUUGAGGGAGGCAGUAGGGAAAAGAAAUACUUCUGGCCCACCUGUCUUUGAAAAAAUAACUUUUUUGAGAAAUGCAUUUCAUGAAAAUAUUGUCAACCACAAAACAUUUUUAAAAACCUCUGGAAGAUUCGACACGGUAUAAAGGUAAGUUCUGACAAUGUCACACACAAAAGAUGCAGCAUUCUCCUCUUUAGCUACAUGUAAUUAAGGGGAUGAGUUUUAUAGCUGCAACAUUGCAUUGAAACAGUUCGGAUAUGCCAGCGGCAAUUUGAAGUAUACAUGCACAUGCAUUUAUAAAUCAUGUGCCGUGUGCAAAGAUCUUGAAAGUCUCUGGCGAUUCAAAAUACUGUUCCAGAAAAAUUUUGCAGGUGAUUUCGCCACCGUUCAGUAUUUUUUGUUUGUUCCAUUAUUUGGUCAUAACAGUUGUUUGGUCUUAAGCUGGUGGUUAAUGUGAAGUUAUGGGAUCGUAAGCAACAGUUCGCAGUCACUUAUAAAAUGAAAAUAACUGGACCGACUUCAUCUCUCUGCCUGCUGCUCUUUAUUAUGUAACCCAAUUAAUGGUAAUGCUUGCACCUUAAUACAAAAUGUUGGGAUAACUUGUACUUCGAUAAUUGAAUAAGUACCUUUUCUUAACUCUACUCAUAGGAAUUGUUUCAUUGUAAUUCGUCAAUUCAUGUUAUUGCUAUAAGCCAAAAGGGUGCAUUCUGGAGGAAUGACAUCAUUGAAGGACAAUAGGUUGCUUGUCUUUAGGAAGACUAAAUUGUUGAAACAACCUCACCAACAGGUGAGAAAAAAUUGGAAGGGUGCUACAGGUACCUCGAGCUUACCUUCAUUUACACAGUCGUCACCUCCGUGAAUUCCAGAAACAACGCUCUUUCAAUAGAUUUACACUUUGCUGUGAUUAAUAAAGUCUGUACCCUGGACAUCA